AUGCAGAUAAAAACUUUCAUCCUCAUGAAUGACUUCGAUGGUGGCAUGGCACUGAGAAGAUCAACACAAAACACAGAAGCUAACAGAAAGGUGAUAAAUUCAAUUGUAAGAUUAUUACCUAAUGAAAUCACAUGCAGAAUUAGAGAACAUCGAGAUGCCUAUGAGUUCUGGACUCGAAUGACCAAGCAUCACAAGGAGCCGAUGGAGCUUGAGGAUCAAGUCAAACCAAAGCUCAGACCUAAGUCCGGAUCCCUAGAGUCAUCCUCAGAAUCAGACCAAACCGGCUUUAUGGCUUUAAUGGCACAAGAGAAGUUAGAAGGAUCUGAAUCAAAGUUAGAACAAAAGUCAAAAUACGAAUCUAAGACGAGGGUGGACGAGGAGGAGAAUCCUAACAAGGAUUCUAAAGGUAUGAGGCGUGGUCGAGCGGGAGCCGGUUAUCGUCGUGGUCCGGGACGACCACGGAAACAACCCAUUGAGGCCGAGGAACCAGAACCAGUGACUCAGGAGGCGGAUUCUUCUAGGGAUCCAACGGAUGUUGAGACGCCUCAGGGUAUUCCCUCCCGAAUACCAUCAGCAUUUCCUACUCCUGCUACUACUGAUUGGAUGAGGGACAGAGCUCGGAUACCGUUGCUGGCGAGGUCCGUCAAGGACAGAUUUACCUUAUAUUUGGGCGGAGCAGAUCCUUGGGCUGCUCGAAGUUGGUUGAAGAAUGUAGAGAGCACCUUUGAGUACCUAAGUUGCACGGAUGAGGAGAAAGUGGAACUGGCAGCGUAUCAUCUCCGAGAUCAAGCAGUCACAUGGUGGGACAUGCAGAAGACGAUCUUUGGAGAGCAACGCAUCACAUGGGCGAUGUUCCGAGACGCGUUUGAGCGGCAAUAUUUCCCAGCGACCUUCUGUCUAGCUCGACGCCAGGAAUUUCUGAAUCUCAAGCAGGGCGACCGGUCAGUGAUGGAGUAUAAUGCUGAAUUCUGUAGGUUGGCAGAAUUUUGUCCUCACUUAGUGGCACAAGAUUAUGAUCGUAUGCAGCAGUUCACUCAGAGUCUUGCAGCAUACAUUCGGAUUCGGAUGUCAGGAUUUCCAGGUAGUUCCUAUCGGGAGGUUCUAGAUCGAGCACUAUUCAUAGAGAUGACUCAGCAGCAGGUAAAUCAGGAGAAAGGACAUGAAAAGCAGUCGUCGCAAAAGAGGGGGAAUAGAGGUCAGAGUUCUCGGGCUCCUUCCGGAGGAUCAUCUCGGCCUCAGAAGACUGGGCGAACAUCGGAUGGAGGUUCUCGUCCCCCUCAUCAUGAUCAGAAGAACUUUGGUGGGACCAGGUGUUUUCAGUGUGGGUCCAAGAGUCACACCAGGAAUAGUUGCUCGUUGGAUCAUGCUAUAUGUUUCUACUGUAAACUUCCGGGGCAUGAGAGUCGGGAUUGUACUCUGAAAGCACAGUUGGAGGCUCCUAAAGUUACAUCUCAGGGGGAAUCAUCCUCUCAGUCACGUUCACAGAGGAGAUCGCAGAAGACCCAGAGUGCCCCACCGUUUUCUCAUCAGGCAUUUCCAGCACAGCAGGAUUUUCACCCACAUCAGCCUUACUCAGCAUAUCGGCAGCAGCCUCAGUCUCAGUAUCAGCAGCCGGUUCCCACACCUAAGAUGCCAGCGCAGGCCACUACAGGGAUACCACAGCCGAGCUCAGAGGUGGGUCGUGUUUAUGCUGUUACACGGGAAGAGGCACAGCGAGCUGAGGGAUCGGUUUUCCGAGGUACUAUUUCAGUUUAUACAUUUACUGAAGAUUUAUUGAUAGACACUGGUAGUUCCCAUUCAUUCAUAUCUCGAGUAUUUCUGGGUAAAAUCGGGAGAUUGCCUAGUCGUCGGACACACGGGCUGACAGUAUCUCUACCAUCUGGCGAGGUACUAAGUAUUAGUCUGGAAGUCAAAGGAUGUCCUUUAGACUUCAAUGGUCAGACUAUUAUGGUGGAUCUGCAGGUAUUGGAGAUGGUGGAAUUUGACAUUAUAUUGGGCAUGGAUUGGCUGGCCAUGAACCAUGCCAUAGUUGACUGCAGAGCGAGAGUAGUCACAUUCCGACCUCCCGGUUUACCAUCUUGGUCAUUCAUCGGAACCGGGGGUGAUGGGAUAUCAGUCAUAUCAGCAAUGCAAACGAGAAGAUUAUUGUCGCAGGGUUGUCAGGGAUAUUUGCUGUCUAUGGUUAAAGCUGAUACAGAUGCAUUACCACGACUAUCGGAUGUUCCUAUUGUUCGAGAAUUUUCAGAUGUAUUCUCUGACGAACUCCCCGGUUUGCCUCCUAAAAGGCAAGUUGAGUUUACGAUUGAGUUUGUUCCGGGAACCGCACCGGUAUCCAAGACCCCUUAUCGCAUGGCACCAAAGGAGUUAGAGGAGCUGAAGGUUCAGUUACAGGAGCUGUUGGACAGAGGAUUUAUCCGUCCCAGUGUUUCUCUGUGGGGAGCACCAGUACUCUUCGUUAAGAAGAAAGACGGAUCAUUGAGACUAUGUAUUGAUUACCGACAGUUGAAUACGGUCACUAUCAAGAACAAAUAUCCAUUGCCACGUAUAGAAGAUUUAUUUGAUCAGCUGAAGGAUACCUGUGUAUAUUCAAAGAUUGAUUUGCGCUCAGGCUAUCAUCAGCUCAGGGUUGGAGAUGCGGAUAUUCCGAAGACAGCAUUUCGCACUCGUUAUGGUUAUUACGAGUUCUUGGUAAUGUCAUUUGGGCUUACCAAUGCCCCAGCAGUGUUUAUGGAUCUGAUGAACAGAUUUUGGAGACGCUACGGCGAGAACAUCUCUAUGCGAAGUUUAGUAAAUGCGCCUUUUGGCUACCUUCGGUGGGUUUUCUUGGACAUGUCGUUUCCAGCAGAGGUAUAUCAGUUGACCCACAGAAGAUUGAGGCAAUCACUAGCUGGGAGCAGCCGAAGACAGUACAGGAGAUACGUAGCUUUUUGGGUCUAG